AUGCACCUCAGCACCACUAUCCCCCUCCUCGCCCUCCUCCCUACCCUCGCCCUCUCCCACGGCCUCAUCACCUCCCCACCCUCCCGCCCUAUCGGCCCCGCCCUAACCGCCAACUGCGGCUCCGCCGUCUACAAAAAGAUCGCCUCGGACAACACCUCGUACGUCGAAGCGCUCCCCGACGCAGCCUCCAAAGACCCCUCCUUCAACCCCUCCCUCUGCAACCUCUGGCUCUGCAAAGGCCUGCAAUUCGCCGACAACCCCGCCGCAAACGUGCAGACGUGGACGGCGGGCCAGGAAGUCCCCGUCAAGAUCUGGCUGCGGAUUCCGCACGAGGGCAUCGCGAAUGUGAGUGUCGUGGAUGCGAAGAAGAAUCAGGUCGUUGGCGACAUGUUGAAGGUGUGGAGUAAAGGGUAUGCGCCGGGGAGGAAGGAGGCGGAUGUGCCGAUUGAGCAGAGAGAGUUUAGUGUCACGGUGCCGGAAGGGUUGGAGGAGAGGUGUGUGACUGCUGGGGAUUGUGUUCUGCAGUGGUGGUGGUUUGGCACGGGAGCGAAGCAGACGUAUGAGUCUUGCGUGGACUUCAAGAUUGUGAAGCCCGCCGUGAAGGAGCGAGCUUUCAGGGCGUGAGGGGGAAGUACUUAAAGGUCGGGCAAUCUGUGCGAAGUGAUUCUAGGCCCGAGUUCAAAUGACGGGAAUCGUUCAGUGAUAGUAAGAGCGAGAAAGUCUGCAUGUUGCUGUUCAACGGUAAAACUCCCAGGCGAUGGGAAAAUAUUUUUGUUAUCAUCAACUGGUAUCUAGUGUCAGAACGUGCAAGACAGAGGUGACGAAUUGCCAUUUAAGAUACAAAAAGACAGAAACUCACCUAUCCUCACCAGAGUACGCCAUCGUGUCCCAGGGAAACCUGUCACAUCCAUCAUCACUAGGAGCAUCACCCCCGAGGCUGAACUGAGCCGUUGGAUCAACACCACUCAUAUUCAUUCCACCGUCUCGCGCAUCAUCAUUUUUGUAGACUUACA